CAGUGGAGACGAGUAUAUAAAUUGUAAAACAGCAAACAAAAUUCAAUUCAAAAAAAUGCAAAAUGCAAUAUAUUUACCAACAAAUUCGUCCACCAAAUCUGAAAAACCAUUCCGUUCUAAAAACAAAACAACGUCUUCCGCACUAGAAGUCUUUUCUAACGACAAAGACAUGUUUUUUUCAAGUAAAAAGCUACGAAGAAUCAAGCAUGAAACAGCUGUCGCGAAGCGCCGAGAAACAGAGAAAGCAAGACUUCACUUUUAGCGCGAAUAUCCCAUGAUGACCCGCGUAAAACCAUAUAAGGAGUCCGCGCAAUUUUACAAGGAGUAUUGGCUGGACAAUUUGAAAGAGAAGCAAGUUAUAGUUUUUUUGAAUAUUUUUCGAAAAAAAUGUAGCGGAAAAAUCACUAAUAACCGCAUAGUUUUAUCAAACAGAAUAUUCGGGAAAGCAAUGAAUCGUAUUCAAUGCCAAGUGUGUGGAGAUUUUUUCACUGCAGCUAUAUCUGAUAUGGUUAGUCAUUUAGUUUUGGUCCACCAGAAUGACCCUGGUAUUCACAUUACCUGUGAAGUACCUGGAUGUCAAUCUACAUUUGGCCGUGUUUUUUCCUAUAAAAGUCAUCUUCGUCGUAGUCAUAACACCAUUGAUCUCAAGAAGCCGAUAACACAACUGGUAGAUGCUCAUGACGAUGCAGAAGGAUUUGACAAUUUUGAGGGAAAUGUUGGGGUAAACCCUCAAAAUGGAGUUGCAGAUGAAUCAGCGGAAACGAAACGUAUUAACGCCCUCUACCUAUUAAAACUCAAGGAAACCAACUUUCUCACACAAACAUCGCUAGAUACCGUUGUGCAAGGAACAACUGGGAUCGUAAAAAGGACAGUCCAAAUGUUAAAAAAGGAAGUGGAAAAGAAACUUGAAGCAGGCGGAGUAGAUGUUGCUGAAAUCGAAGGAUUAAGUGACCUAUUUGACGAAGAUCAUCCUUUUUCGAACCCUAUGGCCCACGUCGAAACGAAACAUCAGCAAACAGCAUUUCACAAAACUAAUUUUUCAUUGGUGGUGAGUGAAAGGUUUUGUGGGAAAGGCGGGUGCAUUCCCUCCCUUUGAUAGAAAAACGGAGCUGUCCUCCCCUGAGUGUCGGCCCCAGAGGCAAAGUAGAUAAAACAUGCUUUUGUACGUAUUCAUUUUCUCACCUAAGGAACCAACUCGAAUAUUACUUGGUCAUGUUUCAAAGAGAAGGAGAGUUGGAACGGGGUACAAUGAAGUUUUGGCUAAUGAGGAAUUUGCUUAUGUCCCCUUAUUGGAAUCUUUAGAACAGUUGCUAAACCAACCAUCUGUUCUUAUACAGGUUUUAAACGGACAUGCAAGCACCGAUGGCUACAUGAGAGAUUUCUGCGAUGGCCAGUUAUAUAGAUGCCACCCCUUACUAUUAAGAAAUCCACAAGCAAUUCAAAUAAUUUUAUAUUAUGAUGAAUUAGAAAUUGUUAAUCCACUCGGAAGUAAGACUGGAAAGCACAAACUUGGUGCUUUCUACUACACAUUGGCCAACAUACACCCUGAACACAGGUCCCAGCUUCAGGCAAUCCAACUGGUUGCACUUGUUACUGUGCCCCUUGUUAAAAAGUAUGGAAUAGAUGCCAUAUUGGAGCCGUUUAUGAAUGAUCUGAAGGAACUUGAGAAGGAUGAGGGGCAUGGAUUUAAAAUUGAUGGCAGAAUACAACGACUACAAGGGACAAUCGUUUACUGCUGUGGCGAUAAUCUUGGCUCACAACUUCUAGGUGGGUUUAAAGAAGGGCCUGGCUCAUAUCGAAAGUGCAGAGAGUGCAUGGGAACCCUCGAGUUAAUAACUUCACAGUUCCUAGAGAAGUACUUUGAGUUACGUUCUAAGGAAGGUCACAACCAUCAGUGCGAUCAAAUAGAGCUUAAUCCCGACCUCUCUGUCACAUAUGGCGUCAAGCGAAAGUCCAAGUUGUGUGACUCGAAAUACUACCAUGUCAUUUGUGGCCUGCCUGGUGAUGCUAUGCACGACAUAUUGGAAGGGGUAUUGCAGUAUGAGUGCAAGGAGAUGUUAAAGCACCUGAUAAAUGGUGAAAAAUGUUUCACAUUAGAGCAGUUGAAUAGUCGAAUACAGCUGUUCGACUAUGGUUACAUGUAUGACCGUGACAAGCCCUCACCGAUACAGCCACGCACCCUUGCCAGUGACAACAAUAGCCUCAAACAAAAAGCGAGCCAAAUGUAUUGCUUGUCCAAAUUCUUACCAUUGAUGGUUGGUGCACUUGUCCCUGAUGAUAAUGAGCACUGGAAGCUUUUCUGCCUGCUCCUAGAUAUCGUUGAUAUUGUUUUUGCAAAUAUCACUUCUGUGAACGCCAUUGGUGUAUUGGAGGGGCUAAUUGAAGAGCAUCAUUCUACAUUUCUUCGAAUUUAUCCAGGAAGAUCAAUCAUCCCUAAGAUGCACUACAUGGUUCACUAUCCAUCCCAUAUGAUGAGAUUUGGACCAAUGAAAAGAACAUGGUGCAUGCGAUUCGAAGCUAAACAUCGGUAUUUUAAACGGUUGGCUUCCUUUAUUGGAAAUUAUAAGAAUGUGGCGUACACAAUGGCAACCCGUCAUCAAGGGCAGCAGUGCUACUAUUCAAAUGUUAAUAAAGAAGGAAGUUCAUCAUUCCUCCAGCGACCAACUUCAAUAGUUGUAGCUCAGAGAACUGAUUACUAUGCUGAUUUGCAAGCUAAAGAGGGAAACAUAUUGACUGUUGAUACUUUUUAUGAGUCUCAAAAAGUUACUAUCAAUGGUAGUGAUUACAUGGUUGGAGCAAUUGUAGUCACUGGUUACUUACAUGAGCAGGAGGCACCAGAAUUUGGUCUUAUUACCAAGAUUAUAUCUCUGCCAAACAAAUCCUAUUUUCAGUUGAAGAAGUAUGUUGCUGUACAGUUCAGUUAUCAUUUCCAUGCCUUUGAAGUAAUUGCUGGUGAGGAGCCUCCAACCUUAGUCACCAGUGAAGAUCUUUUUAUUCACACCCCAAUGCAUCUAGUUCAUCCUAUCAGUGCAGAGGGAAGAAAUGCUGCUUUUUAUGUUGUACCUUACAGCAUGACCAUUCACACAUAA